UCGGCACUACUCUCCACGAUAUUGGUAGACCCCAACUCACUGGCAAAUUGGCCGUCCUUUUUGUUCCGAUCCCAUUGAUUAUGGCCUUUCCAUUCCAGAAAACCCCCUUCAGCCCGUUCCUCGGUCGAAGGAGCGCUGUAUAUAGUGUGGGUGGUAUGAUAGCAUGUUCGCAGCCACUGGCAGCGAGCGCAGGACAGGCCAUUCUGGCGAAGGGCGGGAACGCAGCGGAUGCAGCUAUAGCAGUAGCUGCUGCUUUAAACGUCACCGAGCCCGGCUCGACUGGCAUUGGGGGCGACAUGUUCUGCCUCUUCUACGAAAACAAGACCAGGAAAGUACAUGGACUGAAUGGGUCUGGCCGUGCUCCCAUGAGUCUCACGCUUGAUAUUGCGCGCAGAAAGCUGAAUAUUUCACCAGGCGAAAGUGGCAAUAUACCGCUUAAUAGUGUGCUAGCUGUCACGACGCCGGGGGCAGCGGCUGGAUGGGUAGACACCUUGAAAUGCUUUGGUAGCGGGAACCUGUCGCUAGCUGAGGUUUUAGAGCCUGCCAUCACUCUUGCUGAGGACGGGUUCCCAGUUUCCGAGAUCUCCGCGAGAUUGUGGCAGGAAAACGCACAGUCGUUGCGAGAGGCGUCACCAAAUUUCCGCGAACUUCUCAAGGCCGACACCAGAGCGAAGGAAGGAGUUCGCGCUCCCUUGCCUGGAGAAAUUAUGACAAACCCAAACCUUGCGCGGACAUUCCGUGCGCUUGCUGCACAGGGAAAGGAUGGCUUCUACCGAGGCGCAAUUGCGGACGCUAUUGUCAAGGCAGUGGAAGAUCGUGGUGGGGUCCUCUCCCACGCAGACCUGAUCUACCAUAGCCAGAUGGGGACCACAGAAACCGACCCAGUUCGCGUUCAGUUUAAUGGAGAGGUCGAUGUCUGGGAGCAUCCACCAAACGGGCAAGGUCUCGUUGCGCUCAUGGCCCUGAAAUUGUUGGAGGAGUUAGAGCGCACCAAGCAAAUCCCUUGCUUCCCGAGCCUCCGCCACAACUCCGCAGACUACAUCCAUGCCCUUAUAGAAAUCUUCCGCAUCGCCUUCGCCGACGGCACCUGGUGGAUAGGGGAUCCGACAUUCUCCCAAACACCUGAUCUCCUAUCCAGAGCCUAUAUAGAGGAACGAGCCCGGCAUUUCAGCCCAAUCCAAGCCUCAAAUACCAUGGCACACGGUAGUCCCUCCUUCAACUCAUGCGACACAGUGUACUUCGCCGUCGUAGACAAAGACGGCAACGCCGCAUCCGUGGUCAACAGCAACUAUUAUGGUUUUGGAACCGGUAUUAUCCCACGCGGUUGCGGAUUCACGCUCCAGAGCCGUGGCGCCAAUUUCUCCUUAAUGGCAGGACACCCUAACGCACUUGCUCCCGGAAAGAGACCAUAUCACACGAUUAUACCGGCCAUAGCAACGAAUCCAGAGGAUGGGUCGUUACAUACAGUGUUUGGGGUUAUGGGCGGGUUUAUGCAGCCUCAAGGACAUGUGCAAUUAUUGAUUAAUAUGCUUGUUUUCGGGAUGGAUGCGCAGAAGGCACUCGAGGCCCCAAGGGUCUGUAUUGGGCCUAUGGGCCACUAUGAGUCAGCGAGCGUGAGUGAGAGGACGGUUUACAUAGAGGAAGGGGUAGAUUUGCUGGUUGUGGAGGAGCUUAGAAGGCGAGGGCAUGUUGUUCGCGUAAUGCAUGGGUGGGAUAGAGAGAUGUUUGGUCGCGGACAGGUCAUACGGGCCUUUCAUCGUGAGGGUGGGCAGACGGUUCUUGAAGGGGGAAGUGACCUUAGGGCUGACGGCAUGGCCCUUCCGGCGUAAACUUGUGAGAGCUUACCAUGUAUUGGUGCAUGACCGGUGCACUCCUGUGAUUGGACUGUAGAAAAUCGAUGAGAACCUUUGGAAAUCGGGUCGGUAGCCGCCGCGUGUGGCCGCAGCUGGAGCCUACACUUUCUGGUCAUUGUACGGUGAAGAAAGUACGGAACAUUCCAA